GCCAACGUACCCGCCAGCGUAGAAGAAGAAACUUUCGUCCAAUCAGAUGCUGCGACUUGCGCAACCCGGAAUCAGACAAAUUUUAUUAAUUUCAUUCUAAGCAAGCAAAAAACUCCUUUAAGGAUGUCCCGUAACACCAGUGUUACACGUGUUGAUGUCUCGUCUGUGGCUCAGGCCCAGAGGGUCCCAGUUCACCUCAUGCCUUGUGAGAUUGAACACGAAGGGCCGGCCCAUGUCUCUGAGUACCUCACUGCUACCACCAAGGACUGCAAACUGGAGAAGACCGUGUCAUUCCGAGGGCGUGGGUUGAAGGGGCAGGAGCUCAGCUGUCCACAGGGCUACACUGGCUUGGUGCUGAAAGAUAUCAACAAGCCCAGCUCGGAUCAAGAGGACAGGUUGAUGAGGGUGUCCUCUGUGUUUGACAAGCUGACCUACUGGAACCUGGAGACGCCUCCAAACUCGGACGACGCGGUCGUGAUGGCGAUGGAUUGGCCCGAGUUGGCUGAGGCGAUCCACGGUCCAGUAGAAGACUGAAUAAAGGGAGCAAGGUUCUGCCCAGAGGAAACGAGUGAAGCAAACAGUUUGCUGAAUACUGGCGACAGUCAGUCAGAGAAAUGCUCACGAGUUCAGUCUUCCUGUUACUGUUGUACGGUUGCAGACUCAUAGACGGGAUGUUUAUAUUUUUGUAUCUUAUUUUGUAAUAAAAUAAAGUCUGACUAACCUGUGUGUUUUUGUCAUUAAC